AUGGACGAAAGGAAACGCGUUGGUUCUUCGUGUGUACCCACUUUUGAAUACGAUGGCCUGCAACCUAGGUUUCAAACGAUCUCAAAACCCUGGAGCCUGCCUUGCAAUUUAUACGACGUGAAGCAUCCAGGUAGUCUCGAGGCAACUCUGAGGAAAGUCACUGGGAAAAGGGGCCCCUACGAUUUAUUUACAGGGCCAAGAGACGAUAGUACGCUCAUUGGUUACCAGAAAGUCGCGAAAUUGUUCGAUUAUGGCGACUGGCCUAAAUCGCUACCAAGCGAGAUAUUCUGCAAGUCGAACUAUUUUAAAGGACGUUGGACCACUUGUCCAAGAUUCCCAAAGAUAUCAGGCGUGAGAUUGAUGUUGCAAGAUCUCGCGUUGUGUUACAAGGACCCUAAGCAUCCGGGACCCGGGCACUAUAAUCCAAAAUUACUCAGAAAACCAAAGAACGCGAAACAGUAUCCGUUUGACAGUAAUAUUGAACACGUGAGACCAGGCCCUUCGUUAGAAAUUCGCCCUGGUCCAGGCAGAUACAAAAUCAAAGAAACAGGCAGCGUAAAAGGGCACGGAUGGACGUUUGUUUUCAAGAGUAAAGCGCCACGAACGGACUUUAUAUUUAUACCUACGUACAAUAGCUUUUAA